CGCGCUGCAGCUCCCGGCAGGUUUCGCUCCGCAGCCGGGACCCCCCAGUUGGUGCCCGAGAGAGCAUCGCCCCCCGGGCUGGGCUGUGCCCCCGCUGCAGAGCAGGUUUGAUGUGACCCCUGCACCAUUGAAAACCCUGGAAGUGCCCUGAGGGCAGCCACAGUUUGAACCAAAAUUCAGCUUUCUGGACUCAUACAGGUGCCCUGAGUGUGGGAGAGCUUUUGGUCAUGGCUCAACCUUGAUGAAACAUCAUCCAAUCCAUAUUGGAGACCUUGUUGGUGAGGAAGCCAGGAAAGUGUCAGGAUCCUACCAGCCCAUCUGCAAUCAUCCACAGAGCCAAAUGGCCCUAUAGGUGUUCCCCUGUUGGAGUCACCUCGUGUCUGGUCCCACGGUGACACUCGUGUCCCGGUGCCAUGUCCUACAACUGCCACCACUGUGGGAAAACUUUUAAGAGAAGAUCAAGUUUUACCCAGCACCAGCUAAUCCACACAGAGGAGAGACCCUUCAGGUGUCUGGAGUGUGGGAAGGGUUUUACUCACAACUUCCAAUUAGCCCGGCACCAGCGAAUGCACAGAGGGGAGAAACCCUUCAGGUGCCUGGAGUGUGGGAAGAGCUUUGCCACAAACUUUGCGCUCAUUGAGCAUCAACGCAUCCACACAGGAGAGAAACCCUACAUGUGUCCCCAUUGCCAGAAGAGCUUCAGACACAGGUCCAACUUCUGGAGGCAUCAACAGCUCUAUACAGAUGACCAAACCUGUAGCUGCUCCCAAGGUGAGAAGAGGUCUGACAACUGCCAGCACUGCAAGGAAGAUUUUCUCAGCAGAUCAUCUAUAACCCAGAACCUGCCACUCCAAACGGGCGAGAGACCCUUCAGAUGUCAGGAGUGUGGGAGGAGUUUUCUUAACAAAUCCAAGUUAACCCGGCACCAGCAAAUCCACACAGGCGAGAGACCCUUCAGGUGCCUGGAGUGUGGGAAGAGUUACCUCCACAAAUACCGACUAAACCAGCACCAGCGAAUCCACACGGGUGAACGUCCCUACACGUGUCCUGACUGUGGGAAGAGCUUUGUCUGGAACUACUUGCUCAUCAGCCAUAGACGAAUCCACAUGGGAGAGAAACCCUACACGUGUCCCCAGUGCCAGAAGAGCUUCAGUUGCAGCUCCAACUUACGGCAACACCAACGGCUCCACACGGGUGACCGACCCUACACGUGUCUGGAGUGUGGGAAGAGCUUUGCCGUCAAGUCCUCAUUAAAUAAACACCACCAGACCCACACGGGGGAGAGACCCUACAUGUGUCUGGAGUGUGGGAAGAGCUUCCGUAGCAGCAGCGCUUGGAUGUGUCACCAACAUGUGCACACUGGGGAAAAACCCUACGUGUGUCCCAAAUGCAGGAAGAAGUUUACAAGCAGCUCCAGCCUCAACCGUCACCUCCGGGUCCACACGGGUGAACAUCCCUACGCGUGUCCUGACUGUGGGAAGAGUUUUGUCUGGAACACUUGGCUCAUCAAGCAUCAACGCAUCCACACAGGAGAGAAACCCUACACGUGUCCCCAGUGCCAGAAGAGCUUCUGUGACCAUUCCAGCUUGCAGAAACAUCAACGGGUCCAUAUGGGUGAAUGACCCUUUAGCUGCUCCCAGUGUGGGAAAACUUUUAACAGGAGAUCAACUUUGACGCGGCACGAGCUAAUCCACACAGAGGAGAGACCCUUCAGGUGUCUGGAGUGUGGGAAGGGUUUUACUCAAAACUUCCAAUUAGCCCGGCACCAGCGAAUGCACAGAGGGGAGAAACCCUUCAGGUGCCUGGAGUGUGGGAAGAGUUACCUCCAGAAAUACCGACUAAGCCGGCACCAGCUGAACCACACGGGUGAACGUCCCUACACGUGUCCUGACUGUGGGAAGAGCUUUGUCUCUAACACUUGGCUCAUCAGCCAUCGACGCAUCCACACGGGAGAGAAACCCUACACGUGUCCCCAGUGCCAGAAGAGCUUCAGACAUAGCUCUGGUUUGCGGCAACAUCAACGGCUCCACACGGGUGACCGACCCUACACGUGUCUGGAGUGUGGGAAGAGCUUUGCUGACAAGUCCUCAUUAAAUAAACACCGCCAGACCCACACGGGGGAGAGACCCUACAUGUGUCUGGAGUGUGGGAAGAGCUUCCGUAGCAGCAGCGCUUGGAUGUGUCACCAACAUGUGCACACUGGGGAAAAACCCUACGUGUGUCCCAAAUGCAGGAAGAAGUUUACGAGCAGCUCAAACCUCAACCGUCACCUCCGGGUCCACACGGGUGAACAUCCCUACGUGUGUCCUGACUGUGGGAAGAGUUUUGUCUGGAACACUUGGCUCAUCAAGCAUCAACGCAUCCACACAGGAGAGAAACCCUACACGUGUCCCCAGUGCCAGAAGAGCUUCUGUGACCAUUCCAGCUUGCAGAAACAUCAACGGGUCCAUACAGGUGAAUGACCCUUUAGCUGCUCCCAGUGCGAGAAGGGGUUUUACCAGAGAUGGGAUCUCAUCUGUCAUGGCCAGAUCCACCUCAGGGAUCAUCAAGAAUGAAGGGGCAUAGUCACAGUCACUGUAUUUCCAAAAUGAGAUGAAAAUAAAUUUUUUAUCAUGGUGACACCAUCCUCAAGGGACAAAG